AUGGAGUUGAUAGUGACGAUUUAUAGUUCAAGUGAAAAACAGGUGGGGAAGAAGGCAGAGGAACUUGUAAUCACAACAAAUAGAUCCAAUGUCAAACCCCCGUCAAAUGCCACUCAACUGCUUCCACCAAGUCCAGAAAUAAAAAGGAAAUUCAGCGAAUUACAAAUUAUCGAGGCCAAGUUGCAGAAAUCUCGAGCCACAAUUCGAGACCCACAAAACGGUAAAGCAACUUAUGACCACGAGUACACUCCCACGGGUCCUGCCUAUUGGAAUCCAACUGCUUUCCACAGGAGCUAUCUUGAGAUGGAAAAGCACUUCAAGGUAUUUGUAUACGAGGAAGGAGAACAGCCGAUAUUCCACAAUGGCCCUUGUGGCAGCAUUUAUUCAAUGGAGGGAAACUUCAUCUCGAAGCUCGAAACUUCGAAUUUCCGAACGCGAGACCCGGGGAAAGCUAGUGUUUUCUUCCUUCCUUUCAGCGUGACCUCCAUUGUCCACUUCAUAUACGACAAAAACUCCCCCGAUCAUUGGCUCCCGAUGAAACAAACGGUCAAGGAUUACAUCAAUCUUGUUGCCACGAAAUACCCUUAUUGGAACCGGAGCCUCGGGUCGGACCAUUUCAUGCUCUCUUGCCACGAUUGGGGGCCCGAACUCUCGAAAUCCCUCCCCGAGCUAUUCGACAACUCGAUCCGUGCCCUUUGCAACGCAAACACCUCGGAAGGGUUCCGACCCGAGAAAGACGUAUCCAUACCCGAAAUCAACCUCCCGGGUGGGCGGACAACGGGCCUGGUCGGCGGCCCGUCCCCGUCCAAGCGCCCGAUCCUCGCAUUCUUCGCGGGUGGGGUCCACGGACCCAUCCGGCCCGUUCUCCUGGAGCACUGGGAGAACAAGGACCCGGACGUGCGGGUUCACAAGUACCUCCCGAAAAACGUCUCGUAUUCAGCCAUGAUGAGGAAAAGCAAGUACUGCAUCUGCCCGAGCGGGUACGAGGUGGCGAGCCCGAGGAUGGUGGAGGCUCUGUACACGGGCUGCGUGCCUGUGAUAGUGAAAGACAAUUACGUGCCGCCUUUUAGCGAUGUUUUGAAUUGGAAGUCGUUCUCGGUUGAGAUACCCGUGGGUGAGAUUAGCAACUUAAAGAGAAUCUUGAACGGGAUAUCGUCGAGGCAGUAUAUAAGGAUGCAGAGGAGAGGGGUCGCGGUUAGACGGCAUUUUGAGGUUAAUUUGCGUCCGAAGAGGUACGAUGUUUUUCAUACGGUGCUGCAUUCGGUUUGGCUGAGGCGGUUGAACGUUCGGCUGAACGGAGUCGAGGAUUCGUGA